AUGCAUACUUGGUCAUUAGAUGAUUUUGAACUAGGCGAUCCUCUCGGACAAGGUAGAUUCGGACGAGUUUAUCAAGCAAAAGAAAAAACAAGUGGUAAGAUCGUUGCGCUCAAGGUAAUAUUUAAAAGUGACUUGAGAGAAUGUAAACUCGAAGGACAGUUGAAACGUGAAGUUGAAAUUCAGUCUCAUUUAAGACAUCACAAUAUCCUACGUUUGUAUGGCUAUUUUCACGACAAGGACCGAGUAUAUUUGAUAUUAGAAUAUGCUGCAAGAGGAGAAUUGUACAAAUACCUUUUAAAAUACAAACGGUUCCCAGAACGACUGGCAGCAAAGUAUAUUGCUCAAAUCGCGGAUGCAUUAGCCUACCUUCAAGAGAAGAAUGUCAUUCAUCGAGAUAUGAAACCCGAGAAUCUGUUGUUAUCUGAAAAUGGAGAUGUUAAAAUUUCUGAUUUUGGAUUGGCAAUUCAUGCACCAAAUCAACAAAGACGGAUGACAUUUUGCGGAACAUUGGAUUAUUUGGCUCCAGAAAUGGUCAUGAGUACGGGUCAUGACGGUAAAAUUGAUUCAUGGGCCCUUGGUGUCUUAUGUUAUGAAUUUUUGGUCGGCGAACCACCGUUUGCGGAUUUGGAUAGUGAAUACAACACACGCGUCCGAAUCGCAGGUGUAGAUCUAAAAUUACCUCACAAUAUUUCCUUAGAGGCUAAAGAUUUAAUUACAUCGUUAUUGCAGUACAAACCUGAACAACGCCUGGCCGUUAAUAAUGUCGCGACGCAUCCAUGGAUUCUCAAGUAUAAUGUUAGAAUCGCUACUGCCUUAUACAAGAGGGUUUUCAUGAAUGAAUGGACUGGUGAUAGAGAUAUAGAAGUCAAUAAUUUCACAGAGACGUUGAAUAGAAUAAAGCAUGAAAGCGUUAUUGAGAUUACUCGCUUAGAAAAAUUUCAAAGUUGGGGUGAUGGUAUAGAAUUAGAACACAGAGUAAUUCUAAUAUGA